CUUUAUAAUAUCAUGAAGGGCGUUUUGGGAUUCGGCUGCUUUCCCUCUCUUGCCUGUUACUUUCAGUCUGAAAAAAAGUUUUCGACAAAUAUCCCAUUGAGAAGCACUGGGGAAAGAAAAGGCAAAUGAGUUGGGCCUCCUGAUCGCAGCUUGGAAAGAUUUGCCCGUGGAAGGUUCCAUAUGGUGCCUGAUGGUUUGAUAUUAUGUUUUACGGGGUGUUGUGCUUGUUUGUCGCAGAGUAAACAAGAAGGUUUCUCGCCAUCAUUUCACCGAGGUGUCGAAACCUUAAGGAAGCGAAGUGGCCAACCCUGCCCCAUUUCUCUGGUCAUAGGAGAGUCUAGAAAGCUGAUCACCAUCUCUUCAGUCUUAUGGCGGCAAAUGAAACUACCAUCUCCACGAAGCCUGUCUCAGCAGUGGGUGAUGACUCCUCUGAAAGCGAUGGAGAGACUGAGCCAGCCAAAUCCUUCCACCGCAGAUUCUCCACCAACAAGAACAUCAAAUCAUCGGUCUGCACUCGCGAAGGAUUCCUCAUGAAGCAGACGUCGUCGUUCCAGCGAUGGCGGAGACGAUACUUCAAACUCAAAGGGCGGACUCUUUACUAUGCAAAGGAUACCAAGUCUGUGAUCUUCGACGAGAUCAGCCUUCCUGAUUUGAGCGUUGCCGAGUGCAGCAUCAAGAACGCCAACCAUAGCUUCCAGGUCAUCACUCCGUUCCGGUCGCUCGUCUUGUGCGCCGAAUCCCGGCGAGAAAUGGAAGAAUGGAUCACGGCGCUCAAGGCAGCCGCCAACAAGGAAUAUUACGAUAGCGCUGAUCAUCACGAUUUCCUAUCGGGCCGGCACAAUUGGUACGCCACUUCACACGCCAGACCCACCUACUGCAACGUUUGCCGCGAAGCGCUUUCGGGCGUGACAUCACACGGGUUGAGCUGCGAGGUCUGCAAGUUCAAAUCGCACAAGCGAUGCGCCGUCAAAGCCAUCAAUAACUGCAAGUGGACGACACUGGCCAGCGUCGGCAAGGACAUAAUCGAAGAUGACGAAGGAAACAUCGCCAUGCCUCACCAGUGGAUGGAGGGUAAUCUGCCCGUCUCUGCCAAAUGUUCCGUCUGCGACAAAACGUGCGGGUCGGUUCUUAGACUGCAGGACUGGCGCUGCCUGUGGUGCCGGGCCAUGGUUCACACGGCCUGCCGCCCACAGUACCCGGUGCGUUGCCCACUGGGCCCUUGCCGGGUCAGCAUCGUCCCGCCCACGGCUCUCCACAGCGUCGGCACGGACGAAGCUUGGGAGGCUGUGAGGCCGCAGGGCUGUUCUCCGCUCCUGGUCUUUGUCAAUUCGAAAUCGGGCGAUAACCAAGGCGUCAAGUUCCUGCGACGUUUCAAACAGCUCCUCAAUCCGGCUCAAGUGUUUGAUCUGAUGAACGGAGGGCCCGGUCUUGGAUUGAGGUUAUUCCGGCACUUUGAUCCAUUCCGGAUCCUGAUUUGCAGCGGCGACGGAUCUAUUGGUUGGGUCCUUUCCGAAAUCGACAAGCUCCAUAUGGAUAAGCAAUGCCAGAUUGGAGUGCUGCCACUGGGCACGGGCAACGAUUUGGCACGAGUCAUCGGCUGGGGCAGCGUUUGCGAUGACGAUGCCCAUCUACCCCAGUUGCUGGAGCGCUACGAGAAAGCCUCUGUCAAAAUGCUCGAUAGGUGGAGCAUCUUCACCUCGGAGCGGAGCAUGCCUUUACCCGCGGCCAAAGUCGUCCUGCCUUACGAGCCCAUUACCGCCUUCGAGGAUUCCAUCGUCAGCCACCUGAGCAAGAUCCUGCAAUCGGACGAGCACACCAUCGUCAUCUCAUCCGCCAAAAUCCUUUGCGAGACAAUCAAAGAAUUUAUUGGCAAAAUGGCCGGCCUUCACACGUCGGAUGACAAUUCGUCGCUGGCAAGUGGAGACGAGUCCAUUGCCCAAAAGUGCCGCAUUCUCAACGAGAAGCUGGACCAGCUGCUUGGUACGCUGCACGAGGAAGCCUCGCCCGUCCACGCUGUCUCUCCCAGGGCCAGCGUCGACGAGGAAGACCCGCCCAAUAACGUCGAAUCUUCCCAGGAGCCUCCGGAAAUCACCAAGAGCUCCAAGGAGGCCAAGGAGUCGCGGAACGAAGGCCGUGCAGCCCGUCAGAAAGGAGCGCGCAAAGUGAGAGCCAAGUUCAACCAACGGGAAGCCUUAAUGUCGAGAGCCAACAGUUUGAAGAAGGCCGUCCGGCAGAUCAUCGAGCACGCCGAGAGGGCCCUGGACGAGCAGAACGGGAUCCAGCCGUCGCGAUCCAUGCAUUCGGCCAGCGCCAGCCAGACGUCGGGCUUGGUGAGCGGCGGGAGUGAAAUCAAGUUGAUUGUGACCCACCCGGACGGCGAUUCGCCCAUGUCGAACGAGAUGAUGAUGAAGCAGAGUUCCGGCGCCCUGGCCAAAUCACGGGCAUCCGCCGCCGCCGCUGCCGCCAUGCCCAUGGCAUUGCUGCAACUCUACAGCGCCAUAGGCGGAGGAGACUCUUCCAGCGAGCCGUCGCCUUGUCCGUCGCCGAUCCCCAUGGCCCCGUCGCUGACCACCAACUUCCCGCUGCUCCCCACUUCGCCUAUUCGCUACCCCAAUCCGCCCGUCUUCUACCGGAUGGCCACGCCCCCCAAUACUCAGCCGCAGCGGCCGCGGAGCAGCUCCUCGUCACCCCGACCGCCUUCGGCCGGCCGCAAUUGCUAUGUCUCCCACCAGGAGUCGGCCGAGAGCGAAGGCGACGAGGAUCGCUCGUCGGCCAUGCUCAGCCUCCAGGCCAAAUUGAACGCCAUCUCGCCGGUGCCCGACGCCUCCGAGACGAGGACGUCGUGCGAAUUCGAUUACUCUGCCCUGGCCUUGCCCGUCCCGCUGGAAUUCGCCGACACUGACAGUUUGCAGGACGUGCCCAUCGACGUCUUUGAUGAAGAGACGGAAUCCCGCGACAAUGUUGCCAAUAUGGAGCUGGAUGAAGAGCCGGCCGAAGUCGAGGUGAAGCCCAUAUUGCGGUCGCUGCAGCAAGUCAACAUCAGCGUCGUUGUGGAACCUCCUUCCAGUGAGGACAGCAGCCAGGCCAGGCCGGCUAAGGAGGAAGCGGAUGAAAACGCUGCCGCUUCACCGGCGGAAGACACGCGAACGAGGGUCGAUCGAGAGCGAGAAAUGGAAGAAGAGGAAGACCUAGACCAAGUGGAAGAGGAAACAGCUUUGGAGACGGCCGCCAUCGCCCGACUGGGCGAACGGAUCGUCGAAGGAGCCGAGGAGCCCGUCGUCGAGCGGACCAACUCGGCAGCUGCCGCACGAGCCGACAUACGUGCUAGGAGGCAUGCACAGACCACCUCUCUUACCACCUUACCACCACCACAAUCACCACAAUCACCACCACCGAACCUCCUGGUCACCACCUCUCGUUCACCUACACCCACUAGUAGACUCACACCGACACGACCGAGUGGUUCGCUGUUGUGUCACGAGACCGAACCGACGGUUUCACCCUGGCUGACUGCGACACGGGCAACGGGCAGCAGCGGUGACGUGCCCGACAGUUUGGCCAAGUCUCGGCUGCUUGUGCCCGUGUCGCCAGCCACGUCGUCAACACUUCAACCUUCUCCGACAGCGUCGCGGAGGAUUUCGAGCGGAUCCACUUUGCUGGCCUCCUCGGCCGCCGGCUCCAUUGAUUCCGCGGCUGGCACGGCGUGCGGAGCGUCGGUUCACGCUUCAUUGGCUUCCAUCUUGUCCUCUGCAGACAGCCACAACCAGCCGUCGAGUCAGCACCACCAUCACGGCCAGCGGGCGCCCAGUCCGGACGAGUCGACCGUCGACGGCCAACACCACUCGGGCAGAGAGAGGGAGGCCAUCAGCUCCGGCGCUGCCGCCGUUAAGAAACGGAAAAUGCCCAUCAUCAACCCACUCGUUACCCUUCCUAUGUGGCCUAACGUGGAAACGGGCGGAUUAAUCAGUAAAGUGCUCCUGGCCAAUGCCGACGCCCUUUGCGCCGCCGUCUCUCCUCUGAUGGAUGUCGAGGAAGAUCCGGCGGACAUGAUGGAUGAAAAAUGCGUGAUGAAUUCCUAUUUCGGGAUCGGGAUCGACGCCAAAAUUACGUUGGAUUUCCACAUGAAGCGCGAAGAGCAUCCGGAGAAGUGCCGAUCGAGGGCGCGCAACUACAUGUGGUACGGAGUCCUUGGCAGCAAAGAAUGGCUCCAGAAAACCUACAAGAAUUUGGAACAGCGGGUUCUCUUGGAAUGUGAUGGUACCCGGAUACCUUUGCCCAGCCUGCAAGGCAUCGUCGUGCUCAACAUCCCGAGUUUUAUGGGUGGAACCAAUUUUUGGGGAGGUAACAAGGAGGACGACUGUUUCAUCGCUCCCAGCUUCGACGAUCGAGUCCUGGAGGUGGUGGCCGUUUUCGGAUCGGUUCAGAUGGCCGCCUCACGGAUCAUCAAUCUUCAACACCACAGGAUCGCCCAGUGCCACUCUGUCAAGAUCACCAUUCUGGGCGAUGAGGGCGUGCCCGUCCAGGUGGACGGCGAGGCCUGGCUCCAGCCGCCCGGACUCAUCCGCAUCGUCCACAAGAAUCGCAUGCAGAUGCUCUGCCGCAACAGGGCCCUGGAACGAUCGCUGGAAGCUUGGCAAGAGAAACAGCAGCGAUAUCAACUGGUUGCCGGUCACAAGAUGUUGCACGGCACUUCACUUAGCGACGACGAGAAUCACGUACUUAUUACCUUCCUCGAAGCUACCACAGCUCUAGUCAGGUACGUCCGGUUGUUGGCCAUCAGUCAACCGGAUUUGGACCAGGAGCUGUACAGCCUUGCUACUCAAGCCUCGACGAUGCUGGACAAGAUGCAUCCGGGUGGCAAAAUCAUCGAAGGACCGAGUUUGCGCCUUCACCUGACCGACUUGGUGAAUGUCGUCCGCCAACUUCACUUGGAAACGGAUCACUUCCUCAAAGAGAGAGCUGCCCUUUACAACUUGCGGCCCAACCAGGAAAAGAAAUUGGCUUCUUCGUUGUCGCACGUGGUCUGCGAGCUGCGCAAAUGCACCGACAUCAACGGCCUGGUGCACUUUAUCACGUCGGAAGAAAUGUCGGAGAAGAAAUCGCGAGCCGUCAAGUCUAGCGGUGGGGGUGGUGGUGGUGGCGGCGUCACCGGAAGUCAUAGUGGUGGUGGUGGUAACAGUAGUGGUGGUGGUGGUGGUAGUAGCUUGUUCCGACUCAAAUUCCGCCGACCGGCCGAAUCUCGCUCCCGUUCGGCCAGUCAGGGUCACCGGCACUCGGAUAUGGGAUCCUCUGAAAGCGGAGUCAGCGCUAGCGGAGGCAGUUCCGGCGGUGGUGGCGGCCGAAGCGCCGGGCCGGUCAAUGCGUCCUCAUCGGUCGAUCUGAGCCUCAACGUCCACCUGUGGGGCAACGGCGAAGUGGCCGUUUGGCUGGAAUCCCUCCAGUUGGACGAGUACCGCGACGACUUUAUCCGGCACGACAUCCGCGGCUCGGAGCUACUCACCUUGGAGCGACGCGAUCUGAAAGAGUUGGGCAUCCACAAAGUCGGCCACAUCAAGCGCAUCCAGCAGGCCAUUUUGGAGAUCAAAGAGAAUGCCCGGUUAUCUCAUCAAUCCUCUUAAACACAACACACAACAAAAAAAGUAUGUCUCUCCUCCUCCUCCUCAUCUCUUAUUAUUCCCGCGCGCCUAUUUUUUACCCAAAACAAAAAUGGUGGGGAAUGAUUCCGGUCUCAGCAUUCCUUCCAUCUUUCAUCUUCCUUCAUCUUCUUCUUCUUGUAUCCUGAAUAUCGGCGAAGUAAUUGGGACCACACGGCAGAGAAAUGUUUCCUUUUCUUCCUUUUUUUAAAUGAAAUCGGACAGGAAAAAACACAAAUUUAAUAAGAAACAUCCGCGGCACAUAUCGGGCAAAUCCUGGAACACGGAAGUGACAUCGUUAUAUGCAAAUCAGCAAUCUCUCAUCUUUUUUUCUUAAAAACAAACGCAAAAAUCUGGCAAUGAUUGUAUCUCUCUUUUCUUUCACGUUUGUAAACCCGACUGUUUUUUUUUGUACGUGUGACGUGACUUUUGAUUUAGUUGAGUAGGAAAUUUAAUAUUCCAUGAAUUCGUUAACUCCGAUUAUGUUGGACUAACCCUUUUGAUGCGUGAAAUGUACUUUUGAUACCGGAAUGACUUAUUGCGUAAUCUUCUCACGCUGUUUUUUUUCUUCCGGUUGUCGACGAAAGUUGCCUCGUUUUAUUUUUUGACCACGCAAUGGAGGGGGGAAAAGAAAUGACAGCUGCUAUUCCAAAACCGUUUUUUUGUGUUUCGUAUUGAUGAAAAAACAAAACAAAACAAGACAGAAAAACUGCAAACCAAUUUCUAAGUUCUUGACCUCCGUCACGCCGAAAGCCUCCCCAUGUUGAGGGAGACGCCGAGCGUCGCCGAGUCGAGAGAGACUCUACUGAACUCGUAAAUAUGCAUCAUAUGAGAAAUGAUUUCGUUUUUUUUUUUCUUCUUCUCCGUCGUGUCUUUUUUUAUUGUCUGUAUGAAACAAUUCAAAUUUCAUAAUGCGCGAUAUGCUUUUGUUGUUGUUGUUGAUUUCCCGUCGACGUCCCGCCUUUCUUCGUCGUGACUUUUUUUUUAAGUGUUAUACAUUUUCCCUACUGUGUUCAUGCUGUGUCCAUCUUAAUACUAUAUAUCUACGGUGUCCCCCACGGUUACAUUACUAUUACUACUGCUCUGUGUGUGUGUGUGUGAGUGUGCUGUGCCUCCAUCAACUAAUGACUUUUUAUGUUUGGGGUUUUAUUUUAAGUUGUGCACGAAGGUGUUGAACCGCUUUUGGGUUUUUAUUUUUCAAAAACUUCACAAGAAAACGCUAUGCAAAGAGUUGCGCCGUGUUUGUCGUGCAACAUUUUCGCGUGUCAUUUCUUUCAAAGGGGGGGGGGGGGAGUUAUAGGUUCGGUUUAUUGUUGUACUGUCGGGGGAAAUGGAGAACAAUUGGUGUGUCUAUUCUUCUCUGUUUUCCCACUCAGUUCAUUGACUUAUCUUCCUUGUUCUGAAACUUCCAUAAUCUCCAGCAAUGACGUGCGGACCAUUUAUCCAAUUUGAUGUCAUUUCUUUGAACCUUUUUUUUUAAACCCCAAUCAGCCGUUUCGUGGUUUUGAUAUCACUUAUUAUCUUUUAAUGAUUGUUUCUUUUUUUUAAAUCCCAAUUAAUAUGAGAAAAAAACUACACGGGGAUCAAAAAGAAAGUGACAGAAUUCGUUGGGAAUUUCGAUUAGAGACAAUUGUUUUGUUGCUACUGAGAUGUGAGAAAUAAUUGUGUUGCUGUGUAUAGGGAAACGCGAUCUUUUUUCGAUCAAUUUUGUGCUUCAUUAUUUCACCCCUCAAAAAGUAUGUCCCGAUGUUUUUGUAUUAGAUAGGAGUUAACCAGCCGCUGGUGAAGCCCGUGCGCAGGUGGUUUGGUUUCCUUGUUUUUUUAAAUUGAAUUUUCUAUGAUUUCAUUUUUAUUAAAUUUUUUUUUUUGAGGAAGGAGGGGGUCCAAUUCAGGAUGCAAAUUGCAGAAUAACUAAUUUGUUAUGUACAGCAUUGGUAUCGUAUGUCUUUAACUUCCCUUCCGGCUUUUUCGUGGAAUCAUUCAGAUUAUUCCUAUCAACAUUUUUGCCUUCCUUGGUUCAUUUGUACUCUCCACCUUUAUCGACCUAUCAUAUUAUUAUUAUUACUAUACAUACAUGCAUACAACGGCCUCCAAAAAAAACAACAAUACUAUUUAUUGUGAAUUUCUUUGUACCUCGUGUCUUUUUGAUACUUAUUACAAUUCUCAAGAAAUCA